AUGCAUCAAACAGAUUCCAUCAAUUUUAAGAAGAUAUUUCAAAAAGAAAUUAAAACAAUCCCUAAAAAAGAAAUCAAAAGAAUUAAUAAUAAACAAUACUCUAAACAUCUUAUUACUGAUACUGUAUCAAUUAAAUCAAGAGAACAGUACUUUGCAAUGGCUUCAAUAUCUACAUAUCCAAUUAUUAAUGGAGUAAAACAAGGAGAACCUAAUUGUGAUAGGGCAGGAAUUGUUAGAUUUGAUAAUGCAACGUUCAUUGCUUUAGCAGAUGGUUGUGGAUGGGGAGAUAAACCAUCAUUUGCAGCUAAAUUAGCAGUAACAAGUUCAUUAGAAUUUGUUAUAUCAAGUAUAACAACGAUCAGCACUUUAAGAGAGAGUGCUUCUUUGUUAGUAGAAACAAUAGCAAAUGCAAAUCAAAUUAUCUGUUCGUCACAUCCUAAUAAUAACGCACAAACAACCCUUCUUGUUGCGCUAUCUUUUUCUUUAAUAGAUGAUCAACAAGUAACUGUUGUUUUAUCUAUAGGUGAUUGUAGACUCUUUCAUUACUCUCUAAGAGAGUGUAAAGUAAAAAAAAUUAUAGGAACUGGUCAUCAUUCAAUUGACGAAACUAAAGAAUGUAUUGCAGCAUUAGGAAAUAAUCAACUAAGAACAGACAUUAUUAAUGGAAGUCAACUAGCAGUUUGUGAGUGUGAAGAAGGUGAUUUAAUAUUUGCAGUUACUGAUGGUGUGUAUGACAAUUUUGAUCCUAUUAUAAUUAAAGAAAAAAAGCCUUAUGAUCAAUUAAUUAAUGAAAUUCUUGGAAUAAGAAUAAAACGAAGUGCAAAUUUAAAUUCAUUAGUUGAAGAAUUAUGUAGUUAUAUUAUUGAAAUAACCCAAACAGUACGUGAGUUUCAUCAAAAUAAUCCAACAAAAAGAAGACGAGAUGGUUUGCCAGGUAAAUUAGAUCAUUCAACCAUUAUAGUGUAUUCGAUUAAUACACAGAACGUUGAUAUUGGAUUAAUUGAUAAAUAUACUCCUGAAUUAUUUAAAACUUUAAAACCAUUAGAAACCAAAAAACCUUUGGUUCAUUCAAUUAGUUUUGAUGAACAAAACCCACCAUUAAUGCCUCUCCUUUCUGAUCCUGUGAGGAAUACUAAAAAUUCAUCUAAAAUAUCAAUACAUUCUGUUAGGUUAAAUACAUUCUCUCCACCAAGAACUGCAUUAAAUGAUCAUUAUACUCCAUGCUUAACACCUCGAAUUUACAGAGACGUUGUAUAA